AGUCUUAUAUUACAAUAUUUCACACCAUCAAAGUCACCCACUGCCCUCAAACUCUAGUUUAUCGCUGCUAUCUUUGCUAUCUCUGCUGCCCUAUCCGUAUUGGUGGCAGUUAACACUAGAGGAUAUCGUCUGAUCCGUAUCUUAAGCUCACUCUAAAUGAUCAGUGUCUCAAAGUUAUUGAAAGAAAUAAUUAUCAGCUCCAACUCAUUACACUCACUCGCCUGCUUUCAUACAACUUACACUAGAUAUAAUAUAUAUCUUGUGAAGCAGCUCUUGCUUGACCUUGUUACUACUGCUUGCUCCAGUUACUGCAUUCAGCUUUCCCCGGGACCCUUGGCACUGUCAACCUUAUAAAGCUUAUCAAUUCUCGUUUUUUUCAUUCGUUUCGGUUUUCUUCCUAAAGAUAACCGACGCAUCAGGUGUCAAGCGGAUUCUUGUACAGCUUGGUCUGGAUCUUCGUAUCCACUCUCCUGUACAUUAAUUGUACUUUGUACCUUUCUUUUGCAAUUGCGGAUAUCAUUGCGGAUUAAAUUUCCAACUUUCUCCACCAGGACCGCUAUUACCCGCACAUAAAAGUUGGUCAGGAACAAAGGAAUCCUAAACACCUCGAAUCCAUUACCUUAUAAAAGGGAAACAAUUGCUUGAGUAGCUUUCCAGGACGAGUACAUUGUGGGAAUGAAGUACGGUCAACAAUUCCAGUCGGACUCUGUGCCACAAUGGGCGCCAUACAACCUUGAUUAUGAUGAAUUGAAGAAUUCGAUAAAGCACAAUACCACAAGAGAUUCUGGAAAAUCGAUCACUAUUCCGGGUCAUGUCGAUACUUCCUUGGUCGCAUUCGAGAAUGAAUUCUUUACAGAGUUAUCAAACCAACACGAUCGGGUCGAACUGUUUGUUAAGAGCAAGAGUGAGGAGAUUGGUCGCAGACUCCAAUAUUUAUCGACUAUCGUCCUGCGAUUACUUGCAAGAUGUGCAGAAAGCUCCAAUGGGCAGAUGACGAGGAAGCGGAUGAACAAGUUUUCCAAAUAUAACAUGCAGAUUGAGAAUUGCGGAGACGAUCUUGCGAAAUUGGAUCGAUUUGUUGAAGCCCAACGUAUCGCAUUCUACAAAUUAUUGAAGAAAUAUACGAAAUGGACCGGAUCUCGGAGACUCAAGGAACGAUUCGAAGUUGAGGUAUUGGGCAAUCCAAAAAGCUUCACAAGACAAGAUUUUGGUUCCUUACAUUCUCAAUAUAACGAUCUCAUCACGCUUAUCCGUGCUUCUACGCCUUUGACGAGCGGGCCGUCUACUCCUAGUAUGGGUUCGAGGAGAGACAGUCUCGGCCGUGCCCCAUCACAAACACUACAGCGAUCGCCGCCUCGACAAACAUAUUGGAACGAAUACGACAACGGGAGUGAUGUCGAUCAGGACGAGCCAUACUAUAUAUAUACGGAUCCUAAUGCGGAAAUGACGUUUCCUGGCGCAGAAGUUGUAGCAAGUGCGAUUCGACGAACAAAAGAAGGAAUGGGAAAAGUUAGGGGUUGGUUUAUACCUCCCGGUUUAACAAAAAAUCGCGAACGUGAGCCACUAUUGGGAAAUCGAGAUAGAGGAUACUUUCAACAAAGUCCAAGCGGAACAGCCAAUGGUUCGAUAACCGAUGUCGAAGACGAAGCGUAUGCCUCCUCGGCAGAUUUUCCGAAUGGAUAUGUUGCUCAUUAUGCAACUUUCCCCAGCGUGGCGGAUCAGCGAUUGAGUCGAUUCCAAGAACAAACCUUGUUAUUUACAAUGAUUGCUUGCUUUUUCUUUUCGAUGCUCUCUCAAGCUGCAUCCACACUUCUCCUUGCAACAGGUCGACAUAAGUUAAGAACGGAAGUUGACUUGGGUGCACUCACGGGUGCCUUGUUAGGAUUUGCUCUGGCUGCCGGUGGAUUGAUUUGCAUGGCAUGUCGGAAUGAAAAGCUUGGUUGGGUGCACCGAGGAGUUGUGCUCAUUAUAACUGCUCUUUUGUUGAUUGGGAGUAUUGUGCUCUUGAUUAUGGUAAUUGGGAAUUAAGCCUCUCAUUACGAUCUCUAGCUAACAAACUACUUAAGACCCGCCGGUAGACACUAUCCAGGAUGGCGAGCGCUCAACGUAGUAGAGACGAAUCCGCUUAUAUCAUCAAGGUAUCUUACGUAACAGUACCAUUGCUUUACAAGUUAUUUGCCUUUCGAUUUCAGUUUUUUCCUAUGUGUUUCUUGUGCUAUUUGCUUUACUCUGUCUAUAGCGGGCGUAAUUUGGCGGUUGAUUCAUUUGACAUUUUGGUGUUUAGUAUGGGAGGCACAUUUUAGACUGCGAGAAAGGAUCGGGCAACUAAUGAGACUAUCGAACGGGUUCAUGGUUGUACUUUGACGGCCUAACAAUUUAGAAUUGCAUUUCAAAAUAUAGAAGUGCGGGAACAUUGGGAGUACGCAACGGUCGAAGGUGUGGAUUGAACAAUGGUUUGAGGAGAAACAAUGGAACUGGGGAUGAGGAUUGGCGCAUUUUGUGACGGGUUUGAUGGAGUUGAGUCGGGUGGAUCGAUGUGGAGUGGAGUUUGUUGGUUGAGGUCAAGGGAGUCGUUGGUAUGUGUGCAUUUCUACCGGUGUAUUUGGGUAUGUUGAAUGUGGCAGUCGCGUGCUGUGGCAUUUAACAUGAUGAAGGUAGGCUAGUAUAAUACAAUUGAAUGGAAGAUGUUGAUCCAAA